AUGAUGGCUGAGGACACGACGGCAGAUGCCACAAGGCGAUUAAAUGUUAAAAAACAGACAUUAGAUGAUGCGUAUGCUGCGCCGGCGAAUUUUCUUGAGAUCGACGUGGUAAACCCUGUAACGACCAUGGGUGUUGGUAAAAAACGUUAUACGGAUUACGAAGUACGCAUGAGGACGAACCUUCCUGUGUUCAAAGUGAAAGAAUCCAGUGUUAGGCGGCGAUACAGUGACUUUGAAUGGUUAAGAAAUGAACUUGAAAGGGAUAGUAAGAUUGUAGUUCCACCUUUACCUGGCAAAGCAUUAAAAAGACAACUGCCAUUCCGGAGUGAUGAUGGUAUUUUUGAAGAAGAAUUUAUUGAAGACCGUAGAAAAGGUCUAGAAGGCUUUAUAAAUAAAAUAGCUGGUCACCCCCUGGCACAGAAUGAGCGUUGUCUUCACAUGUUUUUACAAGAGGCUACAAUUGAUCGCAACUAUGUACCAGGCAAGAUUCGUAACACAUAA